GUCAUUUGUUGUCAUUGAUGGCCAGUUGCUUCAAGUCUGUGGAAGUAAACAAAAAUUUAAACGUUUUUUAAACGAUUUUAUUAUUAAAUUAUAUUCAUACAUAUUUAUAAUGAGUGUGACACUUCAUACUGACGUGGGCGAUAUUAAAAUAGAAUUAUUUUGCGAGUUGUGUCCUAAAACAUGCGAGAAUUUUCUGGCAUUGUGCGCCAGUGAUUAUUACAAUGGAUGUCUAUUUCACCGCAACAUCAAAGGCUUUAUAGUCCAGACUGGCGACCCGACACAGACAGGAAAAGGAGGCACGUCAAUAUGGAACAGAAAAUUCGAAGACGAGUUCAAAGAGGAGCUUAAACACAACAUAAGAGGCCUAGUCUCGAUGGCCAACAAUGGACCCAACACGAAUGGCAGCCAGUUUUUCAUCACUUACGGCGCUCAGCCUCAUCUAGAUCUCAAGUACACGUUAUUUGGCAGAGUAAUUGACGGAUUGGAUACAUUAGAGCAGUUGGAAAAGCUGCCAGUGAAUCCAAAAAAUUACAAACCACUUACGGAAACUCGUGUCAAUACUGUGACGAUACACGCGAAUCCACUUGCUGGAUGAAUUGUUACUUAUAAAUAAAUAUAUAAGAAAAAAGGUGUAGAUAGCGGGUGAGCAAGAUGCGUAAAAAUAAAUUUUAUUCAUUUUUUAA